CCCCGCUCUCUGGCCAAUAACGCUCAUUUGGAGCAUACCGUUCCAUGCGUUCCGUCGUGAGAUGAGAACGCUUGGGAACGAGGUUACCGAGAGUCUUCCAGCAGCACUUCAACUGACCAGCGAGCUAACGCAAACAAGCAAGCAGUCGGGGUUGUCACCGCUUUCCCCUCCAUCCCCCGUUAUUCUUAUUCUUUUGAAGAUUCCUUGUUGUCAAGCCGCCAAAGUGGAGAGUGUGAUUGCAGAAGGGGGUGCUUCUCGUUUCAGUGCUUCUUCGGGGGGAGGAGGUGGUAGGAGUGCACCUCAGCACUAUCCCAAGACUGUCGGCAACAGCGAGUUCCUGGGGAAAACCCCAGGGCAAAGCGUACAGAAAUGGGUUCCUUCACGAAGCACUAGACGAGAUGCCAACUCCAGCAACGAAAAAGAGCGACACGAUGCAAUCUUCAGGAAAGUGAGGGGCAUACUAAACAAGCUCACGCCUGAUAAGUUUGACAAGCUAUGCCUUGAGCUCCUGAACGUGGGCGUAGAUUCUAAACUCGUCCUUAAAGGAGUCAUCUUGCUGAUUGUAGACAAAGCACUAGAAGAGCCAAAGUAUAGCUCGCUCUAUGCUCAGCUAUGUCUGCGCUUGGCAGAGGACGCACCAAACUUUGAUGGCCCAUCACCGGAUAUCCAGUCAACCCAAAAGCAAAGCACAACCUUCAGAAGGCUGCUGAUUUCCAAGCUUCAAGAUGAAUUUGAAAACCGCGCCAGAAAUGUUGAGCUUUAUGACAAACAUGACAACCCGCUUACUUCUGAGGAGGAGGAGCAGCGGGCCAUUGCCAAGAUCAAAAUGCUUGGCAACAUUAAAUUCAUCGGGGAACUUGGCAAGCUGGACCUCAUCCAUGAAUCUAUCCUUCAUAAGUGCAUCAAAACACUUCUGGAAAAGAAGAAGAGAGUCCAGCUCAAGGAUAUGGGGGAAGAUCUGGAGUGCCUCUGUCAGAUAAUGAGAACUGUAGGGCCGAGGCUCGACCAUGAGAAAGCCAAGUCUUUAAUGGGUCAGUACUUUGGCCGUAUGCUGUCCUUAAUGAACAACAAGGAGUUGCCUGCCAGGAUCCGUUUCCUGCUGCAGGACACCAUGGAGCUGCGAGAAAACAACUGGAUUCCCCGCAAGGCCUUCAUCGACAACGGACCAAAGACCAUCCACCAGAUCCGUCAGGAAGCAGUGAAAGAUUUGGGUGUCUUCAUUCCAGCACCCAUGUCUCACGGGAUGAGGAUGGAAUUCUUCCUGGAAGGCCCCUUCAUGCCCAACCGGAUGAAAUUAGACAGGGAGACUCUUGGAGGAUUGGCGGAAAUGUUUGGACAGAUGCCAGGCGGUGGGAUCGGGACCGGCCCGGGGGUCAUUCAGGACCGGUACUCUCCCACCAUGGGGCGCCAUCGAAGCAACCCGCUCUUCAACGGCCACAGCGGCCACAGCGCCCCUCCGCCGCAGUCUCAGUUCGACAUGGGGGCCAAGUCUUUUGUCAAGUCUAACCAGGUUCAGAACCAGCAUUUUCACAACCAGAACCACUUGGCCCAACAGCAGUCCCAGUCCAAGGACCUGGCGCCCCGCUUCAGCAAGAAAGGGCAGCUCACUGCAGACGAGCAGAUCAGCUUGAGGCCGGCCCAGUCCUUCCAGCUGGUGCCCAAGCUCCAGCCCCAGUCGCCCGCCAUGAUCCCCCCCAGCGCCCAGCCCCCGCGCACCCAAACCCCCCCCCUGGGCCAGCCUCCACAGCUCGGCCUGAAGACCAACCCCCCGCCCAUCCAGGAGAAACCCCAGAAGAUCAGCAAGAAGCCUCCGCCCACAAAGGAGGAGCUGAUGAAGAUGACGGAGACCAUCAUGGCGGACUACCUGAACACCAAGAGCCUGGCUGACGCGGCCGGCGGCGUGCGCGACAUGAAGGCGCCCAAGCACUUCCUGCCCGAGAUGCUGAGCAAGAUGAUGGUGUGCUCCCUGGACCGGCCGGACGAGGACCGCGAGCACGUCAGCACGCUGAUCCACGCCCUGCGCGCCGACGGCCUGAUCACCGCAGAGAACUUCAUGCAGGCCUUCCUCAGCGUGCUGGACCAGUGCCCCAAGAUCGAGGUGGACACGCCGCUGGUCAAGUCCUACCUGGCCCAGUUUGCGGCGCGGGCGGUGAUGGGCGAGCUGGUGAACAUGGCGGAGCUGGCCCAUCCGCUGGAGAACGGCACCCACUUCCCGCUGUUCCUGCUGUGCCUGCAGCAGAUGGCCAAGCUGAAGGACCGCGAGUGGCUGACCGACCUCUUCCAGCACAGCAAGGUCAACAUGCAGAAGAUGCUCCCCGAGAUCGACCAGAACAAGGACCGAAUGCUGGAGAUCCUGGAGGGGAAGGGGCUCAGCUUCCUGUUCCCCCUGCUCAAGCUGGAGAAGGAGCUCCUGAAGCAGAUCAAGGCGGACCCCUCUCCACAGUCCAUCUACAAGUGGAUCAAAGACAACAUCUCCCCCCGGCUGCACACAGACAAGGGCUUCGUCAACAUCCUCAUGACCAGCUUCCUCCAGUACAUCUCCCUGGAGCUGAGCGUGGCGGAGGGCGACGACCAGCUGUCGACCCCGAGCAAGGAGCAGCUGGAGCAGGAGAGGCUGCUGCUGCUGGCCUUCAAGCCCGUCAUGCAGAAGUUCCUCCACGACCACACCCAGCUGCAGGUGGGGGCCCUGUACGCCCUGCAGGUCCACUGCAACGCCAGCGGCUUCCCCAAAGGCAUGCUGCUGCGAUACUUUGUCAACUUUUACGACAUGGAAAUCAUUGAAGAAGAAGCCUUCCUCGCAUGGAAAGAAGACAUCACCCAAGAAUUCCCUGGAAAAGGAAAAGCUUUGUUCCAGGUAAACCAGUGGCUCACCUGGCUGGAGACGGCCGAGGAGGAGGAGUCGGAGGACGACGCAGACUGAUCAACCAUUCAGAAGCAGGCAUCGGAGUGAACCUCGUCCAGCUAGUAUUCCACUCUGCCUCUCCCGUUGUAUUGGGCUCUGUAAGCUUCAUGUAACCACUUCCACGUGGCACUCAGCUGCUUGUGUAACGUGAAAAAACAGUAGAAAAACCAACGCAUGUACAACAGUUUGUUACCACCUAAGACUGCUCCUUCUCUAUGAUACGCCAAGAACGGCAUUCUGCUCAUUGGAUGAUUUGCAUUGGACCUCUGUCCCGAUUCGGUCACAUAAAUUCUAAACCGUGACUCAAUGUUGUAGUCUCUCUUGGUUUAGGCUCUUUUUUUUUUGUCUCGUGUUGACUGUGCUAUCCUUCCAUUUCGUUCAUUUUUAACUGUUUACUUGAUUUGGCCUUUCCCUUAGCGUUAAGUCAUGGUUCCAUUUAGGAUUAAGUUCCAUGUUCCGUUGGGGCGUGAGCCUACAGCGAAAAGUAGGAUGGGUUUUAUGUCGCGUUAUAAUAUGACGUGACUAUGCCGGAAUAAAAGCAUUUUAGCGGAGCUAUAGCACCAAUCAUGGUUACGACUAUAAUUUCUCCUACAGUCGCUAAAUUAGAAGCUGGGGAAAGAUAUUUGAUUUAAAGUGUCGUCUGUCGGUCACCCUGUGCUUUAACCUUUUAUUUUUAUUAUUUGUUCUUUUAAAGCAAAGUGCUCUUCGUAGACGCCCUAGAUGAUCCUGAGCAGCUUCCAUUUGCGUUUCUAUUUUGGUUUCUCUCGCCCUCUCUCUGUUAGGCAUCGAUCAGCACUCUAGAUACCCCCCCCAAGACCAGUGGUCCUCCUCCAUUCUACACCUUAGAACUCGAUCAAGUGUAAUGGUAGACGCCGCCCUCAUACUUCAGACGUCGCCUGUGUUUCUACCUCUUAGUUAGAUGGGCUUUGGUAUGGCUUUGUCUUCAUCGUUUGUGUGUGCCGGGAUGAUGGCAACUGAUCUUGGAGCUCCAACCAAUCAGUGGAUGGUAUCUGGUCCAUAGCCCCUGGCUUCAUUGCCCAAUACGUUCAACUGAAGCGGACUUUUCUCCCGAUGAUGCUUCAUGUGGUUUACAAAGUCUUAAAAGUAUUUUAGCACUCCGUUAAGUAGAAAUUAACGGAAUGCUAUUGGUUGUGAGGGAGGCGGUUGAGAAGGUAUUUUUUAAUCGGGCAACUCUGCGUCGGUCGUGAACCUCUCGCACAGAACCUCUUCCUGAAAACAUUUUUGUGACCAUGUGAAUGUGGCCUCCAGGUAUUUCUGUUAAAAUGGAAACAUGAAUUAAUUAUGAAUUUGUAUUUCCCUUUUUAUUUUAUUGGCAAUCAUAAAAUGAACCAAUGAUCUGAUCAAUUAAUUGAUUUGACAUUCCCCUUCUCAGAAAGAGAAACAGCGGAAAUUUGCUAAAUCACGAUGUUGACUUUGCCCCCCGAAUAGUUUGCAAGUGUUCUCACCAACCAUGCUUGUGGGUUUGGAUCAUGUUGUGGGGUGUUCAUAAGAACUGUACAUUUCUACUGCUUUAAUAUCAAUAAAGUCCCUUACAUGAGCACCA